GGAGUUAAAACCUACAGGAGGGUAGCUCUCCAGGAACAGGGUUGGAGUUCAAACCUACGGGAGGGUAGCUCUCCAGGGACAGGGUUGGAGUUAAAACCUACAGGAGAGUAGCUCUCCAGGAACAGGGUUGGAGUUCAAACCUACAGGAGGGUAGCUCUCCAGGAACAGGUUUGGAGUUAAAACCUACAGGAGGGUAGCUCUCCAGGAACAGGGUUGGAGUUAAAACCUACAGGAGGGUAGCUCUCCAGGAACAGGGUUGGAGUUAAAACCUAUAGGAGGGUAGCUCUCCAGGAACAGGGUUGGAGAGCACUGUUCUACAUCAUCAUUUUUUUUUGUUUUCCUACAGACUAUUGGAGGCUGGUGGGUGGAACUAUACAAGGACAAGCUCAUUGUAAUGGCUUGAAUGACAUGGAACGGUAACAAACACAUCAAACAUAUGGAAACAACAUGUUUAACUCCGUUCCAUUUAUUCCAUUACAGCCAUUACAAUGAGCCCGUCCUCCUGUAGCUUCUCCCACCAGCCUCCACUGCUACAGACAUUGUCAGUGCUGGGAUGCAUUUUAAAACAUUAAACUUUCCACCACUCCCCCAGGGGUAAAUUUGUGUUAAAUUCGUGUAGCUUGGUGUUUGGUGAGCAAAUUAAACGUGACAUUUUUUUUUUUUUCAGACGAUUGAAUCACCAGAGCCUCAAUGUUUGCCGGAGGAAUGAAGACACCCAAGGACUAAAAUUAACUCUGACUAUUUCUAAUUUGUCUUUCUCUUUUGCCUUUAGUCCCUCUGAAGGAUAAUAUAUUGACAUCGUUUGAGAUUAUAGCACGGCAUGCGGUCCAGCUGUUCCUUGACUCCGUGGAUCAGAACCGGAUCCAUAUCCCAUGAUCACACACUGCACAUCCUCUUUGGCACCAGCAGAGAGCCCAGCCCAGGGGGGGGUAAACAAUGGAAAAAUAACAUUUGCACAUACAGUAGAAAUAUUUGUUAUGCAAAGUCUCCUAUGACAACUGAAACAUUUGCUGGUGAGAAUCACAGACAGAUGUUACAUACAUUGAAGCAGAGGAAGAUGUGGCUGUAAUGUUCUGUUAAUACACAAGCUAAGUUGUCUGUCUACAGUGGAAAUGUGUUUACAGAAAUGUGACUAACUCAGAACUGUUUCGAUUUAUUUUGCAGAUAAAAAAAAAAAAUAUCAUCACAAAUAACACCCGAGUGCACCACUGGUAUGAAAAACUAAACCUUCUGUCUAUCAUUGGCAUCGCAGGAAGUCCAAUGUUUGUUGAGCACCAUAGUGCUGCUUUGGAGCACAGGUGAUGGGUGGCUGAGCACAGCAGCAGCCCUGCUUGGAGGGUCUAGCCUAUAGCCUCUCUCAGUGACAGGAUGACUAUGACAGAGAGCACUACAGUUUUCUUUAAUCUGAGCUUCCAUGUGGCGUGGAAUCAGUCUGACUCCAGGCCGGAGACACCUGACAAGGAGAUGAACUGGCCUGCUCUGCUCAUCUUAAUGGUCAUCUUCUUCACUGUGGUGGGCAACAUCCUGCUCAUCCUAGCUGUGUCUCUGGAGAGGAAGCUGCAGAAUGCCACCAGCUUCUUCCUGCGCUCCCUUGCUGUGGCAGACAUGCUUGUGGGUUUUCUCGUCAUGCCGGUCUCUCUGAUCAACAUUCUCUAUGACUACGUCUGGCCCUUCCCCAGACCCCUCUGUCCCGUCUGGAUCUACCUAGACGUGCUGUUCUCCACAGCAUCCAUCAUGCACCUGUGCGCCAUCUCACUGGACCGCUAUGUGGGCAUCUGUAACCCCAUCCAACAUAGCCGCUCCAACACCCUUUCCAAGGCCAAGGCUAAGAUCGCCCUCGUCUGGACCAUCUCCAUAGUGAUCUCCACACCCAUCCCUGUGAUUGGCCUGUAUGACGAGGGGAAGGUGUUUGUCAACGGGACCUGUGCACUGAACGAGCACAGAUUCGUCCUGAUUGGCUCCUUCGUAGCCUUCUUUGUCCCUCUGGUCAUCAUGGUGGUCAGCUACUGUUUGACUGUGCGUGUUCUGCAGCACCAAGCUUCUGACUUCCUGCAUGGAGGCCAGGCUUCAAUCAACCAGCUGGCCCUACUCAGGAUCACCCCAAGGUCCCCUGCAGGGGACAGUCUCCGUCUCCUCAAACAGUACCCUGUCCCUGAGGCCUUGCCAGCUGUUGGUUCCUCCGACGUUUCCGUCUCUCAAGCCUCCCUUCAACCCAUCUCUCCAACAGGGAGACAGGAGCCAGGGGGAGCUGGCAUGGCUCAAUCAAUCAAAAAUGAGAGGAGAGCCUCCAUGGUCCUGGGUGUGGUGUUUUUCCUCUUCCUGAUUAUGUGGUGUCCAUUCUUCAUCACCAAUGUGCUGAGCGUGUUGUGUGAGGACUCAAUAAUAAGCCUGUGCAAUAAGCCCGUGUUGGCAGUGCUCCUAAAGGUCUUUGUUUGGGUGGGAUAUGUCUCCUCUGGUGUCAACCCACUGGUCUACACUCUAUUCAACAGGACCUACAGACAGGCCUUCCACCGCUACCUACAGUGUAUCUACCACAGCCCGCCAGCCAAGAGCACCAAGAAUAUUUCUGUUAAUACCGUCACGCUUAUUCUAUGCAGUAAAGAUGCCAACGACUGUAGCUGUAACAGCCACAAUGGGUAUAAAGGGGAAAUGAAAGGAAGAAUGGGGUUGGAUAGGGAGGGUACAGGGUCUGGGAUGCUUGAGAAGUUGGCCAGUGUCUGUCCCCCCACCGCUGAGGAAGUCAGCUGUGUCUGAACUGGCUGGCUGGCCUACUGUCUUUCCCCUCCAGGCUCUCUACAUACAAACCAUUGUUGUGACACAGCUGUUGCUUCAUGUCACUGCCUGGAUUCUCCAGCUCCACUUCCUGUUCAAACACAGGAGAUGUACUGGAUUCUCAAUCUCCACUUCCUGUUCAAACACAGGAGAUGUACUCAAUGUCUCCCUGUUGCUGAACCUGUAAACAUGACUCAAUGAGAUAUGAAAUAGUGUUAAGUCUGCACAAUUGAUACUGUAUGUGUCAGACAUUAAUUACAGCUAGUGAGUAAUAUGUGUGUAGUCAGUGUGGUUAUUGUAAAGAAAUGUCCAUUAACUGCACUACUAGUAAAUCAAAAGGUGUUUGCAUCUCUCACAACAGGGCUUUGAGGGUCAUUUACAGGAAAACCACUUGCUGUAUCUCUCUGUAAUCCUGGAGCCACAGUGCCACCUAAUGGAAAUAUACUGUACAAUACAUACAAAUUGCAUUUCUUACGAGAAGUUUUUUUCUGUCUGUAUGAUAGUCAAAGAUAAUAGUCAAUAGUCAAGUCAAAGAUAAUAGUAUUGCACUUGAAUGGGAAACAGAUGUCUUCAUGGACAAGGAGAUGUUUCACUCCCCAUUUACCUCAAGACUGGUUCAUAUUUCUGACAGUGAGGCCAGGAACCACACCCUAUGAGUAUUUUUUUCUUCUUAAAUCAUAUAUCACAGUCAACUUUUACUAGUUUAUUUUUUAUAUAUUUUUCCCCCUCUGAAAUAUUGUAUUCAAAUAUACAAAUGAGGUGAUAUCUCAUUAAAUAUGCACAUAUUUGCCUAUUAUGCAAAGUGAGUUUGGGAAACCCUAGUCUAAGGAUAACCACUGAACAUUUAGUGAAUGCAGAUGCUUCUGAGGCUGAGAACUAUUUGUUGGUGUGUGGAUAGUGUCUGACUUUCGGGAAAUGGCAGUUAAAUACAAACCCUAUGAAUUUAGUUAGUCAACCCAACGUCAUACACCCAUUUAGACCCAAUCAUCAUAUCUUCAAGGUAAGUUACUACAUAUAGGCCAGUUUGUAACAUUGAAAUGGGCUUUUAAAUGAUGUGUGAUUCAAUGUAGUGAGUUUUGAAAUGAUGGAUGUAAGUCCAUUUAAGGGGUUACUAAUUCAUUUAAAUUUGAUGAUGGUAGUAGUAUGAUAAACUCACAAAAGUAAUAAAUAUGCAUUUUCAUCUAA